CCAUGACAAGUCUCCACUUCUACACUCUUCCGUGGAGCCUCACCUCCACCAAUCAUUAUAACAUCAGUCCAGUGUAUGCGCGGCGGUGCUAUUCAAGCAGCACAGGCUCUCUCCCUUUUUGCCAUCAAUGGCGGGGAUGCACAGCGGAGAUUCGUCGGGAUCCAUCCAUGGAUCUUGCUGUGAUCUAGUCCAUGGGAAGGCACGGGUCUCGGAUACGAGCCCCGCGGCAUUGGCCCGAGUGCAGACGGUGGCGGGCACGCAGGAGACGGCGCCGGCGCCGGUACAGGCCCUGCAGGGAAGCGACAUGAGUUUCUUUGAUGAAACGAUGGUGGACAGUGAAGCUAGUAGGCAACAGUGGGAAUAUGAUAAAUUUGACAGAAUGCUACAAGAUUCAUGUGCCACGCCAGUGAAAUUGCCAUUUGAUUUUCUGAAAAGCAUCACAAAUGAUUUCUCCGAGGAGAGAGUGCUGGGACGUGGCGGAUUCGGAGAGGUUUACAAGGGAAUCCUUCAAAAUGGGAAAGCGAUUGCUGUGAAGAGGCUGAAGAUUCUUGAUACGAACUUAGAUGAUGAUCAGUUCCAGAAAGAACUUAAUUACAAAUCUUUCCGGGUUAGAGCACAAAAACAUAGUACAAUUCAAAGGCUAUUUGUGCUGACUCAUGGCAAGUCCCCUGGCCAGAUUCACGCUCCCAAGGAAGAGGCAAAUUUGUCAUGGCUGAAAAACGAGAAAGGGCUCUAUGCUUUGAAUAUGUAUCUAACAAAAGCCUUCGCGAGCACAUUUCAGGGGGUAUAUGGCACCAGAGUAUGCCGAGUCUGGGAUGAUAUCAAAGAAGGCAGAUAUAUUCAGUUUUGGUGUGGUAAUCCUGGAGCUGCUUACAGGUUCCAAGUCCGAGUAUCCCCAAAGUGAGGCAUCUUUCAAGGGAUUCACUGACGGUGUGGUUGAAAAAUGGAGGAACAGGUUAUCAAAUGCGGGCUACAGUCAACAAGUUAGUACCUGCGUCUUGAUUGCAUUAAACUGCUUAGAAGUUAACCGAGAUAAAAGGCCUACCACGGAAUGCAUAAUCAAAAGGCUUAAUGGAGGCCAGGAACCCAACAGCUCAAGUUCAUGUGUGCAAAACAACCCGAAACGUGUUGCCAUUGAAGUUGGGGCUGUGGUUCUCAUCUGGGCAUUGGUAAUAUCGACCCUGAAUAAGGUCACGACUUUGGUUACCUUACUUGCCAUAGGAGGACCGGCUAUACGUCUCGUCACCUACUUGAAGAAUCACUGUAAUUCAAGGCCACAGAUGAUUUUAUUCACCAUGGGGGCUACACUGGCUUGCAGUUCUGGCUCUAGGGUCAUCAGCAGCAGCAAAUGUGAAGUUUGUCAUCGUGGCUGGGGUAACCUUAGUUGCCGUAGGAGCUAUGGUACUUCUAGUCCUCGGCCACCGAGACUACGCCGUUUUGUUUGUUGUUGCAGUGCUUGUACUUCGGCCCCGUUUAGUUCCCAAAAUUUUUCCUACAGUAUCCAUCA